AUGGCGACUGCUGGCACCACGGGCUCUGGCGACCCGGACAUGGUGCUUAUAUCCGAACUUCUCGAAGAGAUUUCGCGGAACCCUCCCGCCAUCGCAGCACGAAAGCUAUUACUGGAGCACUACGUUGCCGUAGGAUGGCUCGAUGCGGCCAGUGAUAAUCUAACGGAACUGAAGAAGUUGGCUCCAAGGGAUCCAGAAGUUACGAAUCUAGCCAACGUCCUGCAAAAGCCCUCAGAACCACCAGCACAACCCCCUGCCAACGGCACACCUGCAGGAUCCUCAAAUGCACAAAAGGCGGCACCAAAGCCUUCAUCGAGAGCAAUGAAGAAGUCUUCCCAUCCUCCGCCUCAAUUGGGCGGCAACCUGGAUUCAGCCAGAAAGGACUUGACCGAGGGAUAUCAAGCGCUACGAGUGAAGGCCAAGUUUUUAUUGACUGACCUUCUCCAUCUGCAAUCACUCCAAAGGAAGAAUGGCCUACCACAUCUGCAAUCGAAGAACACGGCCAGGAUCCAACUUAUUGCUGAGGGCGGAACAGUGGGAAAGCCAGCCAGGGCGGGCCCGCCAGGUAGCGCUCGAUCGGUCGCGCGUGCAAUUGAAAACAAUCGCAACAAAGCUACCGAGUUGGUCAUUACAGAUCUGGAAGACAUGAUGUACUGGGUGCGGGAGCCGCACGGGACGUCUUCGGGUGCAAGCAAUGAUAGCGUUCGAGACGCACUCGUCAAGCGCAUGCACGCGGUGGAAGCUGCCUUGCCGGACGACUUGAAGAUCCACUGCGAGCUCGGACUCAUGCACGUCGUACAUGAGAACCUGGAGAAAACAUACGUCAAUACCGAGACAAUGCUGGGAGACAAUGUCAAGGAUAUCCUAAGGGAAAACCUUUAUGUCACUGAGGACAACUAUGCGUGGGACAUGGAAGAGCUUGCCCAAGCUAUCACCGUAAAUGGAGGCGUAAUGCGCAAUCCUCUGAGCAGGCAAAUGUUCACCCCAAAGGACAUCCGAGGGAUUCUGGCGCACCAUCACGGGAACAAAUUAGCGGCUCUGCAGGUCGAACAACACGAGAUGUCAAAAGGUGUCCGUCCAGAGACAAUAACACACAUGGAGAAGCUAUCGAAGACGCUUCUAGAGGACCAGAGCAGCGACCAACUCGCCAGCCGCCACGCGAUCGACGAGUUUCUGGCCUAUAUCGCAACUCCGCCCGUACUAACCAAUGCAGUUCCCGAUCUGGAGCAAAAGGCAAUUGAUGGUCUCAGAUGCCCCGCAAAGGACAGCCACACCGGUCAAGCGUAUGACUUCUCAAUUGGCGAGGCUGUGCGCGACGCCAAAGGCAACCGCGUCUGCUUCCACAAGACAGGCGAUUUCAUUAGACAGGCGGCGACCUACUUGCGGCAAAAUCGUGGCGCACCACCCGAUCCCGACAAGUGCACAGUAAUGUAA